AUGAGCGACCAGGACAAGAAACCGACGACCGACAGCCGCAACAUUCACGGCGAUCGACCCAGAGAGUGGAACCUGCAAAGCGUUCUGCCCAAUACCGGCACCCCAUGGUACAAGCAGCGUCAUCUUCUGUUGCUCAAUCUCGGAAUGAUCAUUCCCUACUUGUCCUCGACGACCAAUGGAUAUGACGGGUCAAUGCUUAACGGACUGCAGUCCAUGGGCCAGUGGCAGGAGUUCUUCGGCCAUCCAACGGGUACCCGCUUGGGCUCCCUCUCCAACGGUGUGACCUUCGGCCAGAUCCUAGCUUUCCCCGUUGCUCCUUGGCUCUGUGACCACAUGGGCCGACGGUUCCCGAUCUUCUUUGGAUCGGUGCUGCUGGUCAUCGGGGCCGUCCUCCAAUGUGCUGCGCAGAACUAUGCCAUGUUUUUGGUCUCCCGUAUGAUCAUUGGAUUCGGUGGCCUAAUUGCUGUUGAAGCAUCGCCGAUGCUGGUCAGUGAACUCGCGUAUCCGACACAUCGACCCGUUUUAGUCGGCUACUACAACAAUCUAUGGUACCUUGGUGCAAUGCUGGCCGCAUGGAUCACAUACGGGACCUACUUCAUGGGCCCAAACAUGUCAUGGGCCUGGCGCAUCCCCUCUCUUCUGCAGGGAUUCUUUCCCUUGGUGCAAGCCCUGUUUGUGUAUCUCAUUCCCGAGUCACCACGAUAUCUCGUGCAAAAGGACCGCUGCGAGGAAGCCCGGAAAAUCCUGGUCAAGUACCAUGCUGGCGGCGAUGAGAACUCUGCACUGGUUGAUUUCGAGAUGAAGGAAAUUAUCCUGUCCAUCCAGCACGUGAAACGAGCUUCGACUAAGGGAUACCGCGAGUUCCUCAGGACACGCGGCAAUCUGCACCGUCUUUUCAUCAUUAUUGCUGUGCCUUGCAUGAUGCAACUAUCCGGCAACGGUCUCAUCGCCUACUAUCUCCACCUGAUCCUGAACUCGAUAGGCUUCACCUCAGACCCGCAACAACUCCGCAUCAAUGGCGGUCUGACGGUGUUCAAUCUGGGUGUCUCGAUCAUUUUAGCCUCGUUCAUGGAAGUUGCAGGUCGACGACGUCUCUUCCUCUUCUCGACAGUGGGCAUGUUGACUUGCUUCGUGAUCUGGACGAUUCUGUCUGCCAUCAACGAACAACGAGGCUUCGGUGAUAGUAGUCUCGGCUCAGGAGUCAUCGUCAUGAUCUUCAUGUACCAGCUAUUCUACAAUGCUGGUCUCAAUGGCCCACCCUGGGUCUAUGUCACCGAGGUGCUUCCCACCCAUCUCCGCGCGAAAGGAACAAACAUUAUGCAGAUUGCAGCAACAUGUGCUAUCAUUUUCAAUGGAUAUGCCAACCCAGUGGCCAUGGAUGCAAUCAGUUGGAAGUACUAUAUUGUCUAUUGCUGUAUCAUCGCGGUGGAAAUUGUGAUUGUUUAUUUCGGUUUCCCUGAAACCAAGGGCCGCAGUUUGGAAGAGGUCGCAUUGAUUUUCGAUGGCGACAAAGCCUUCGGGGAUGUCUAUGAGAAAGAGCAGUCGACUGACGCUUGA